ACAGGUAGUAUAACUUUAGUCUCGUUAGGAGGAGGUCGUAUUAGCAGUGACGAAAAGUUACGUAUUUAAAUACGAAAAGUGAUUUUGAUGAACCGGGCUAAAUAAAACCAUUUUAAAUUAAAAUUAUUGAAUAUAAUUUGAUUAAUAAUUACCACUUUUCCCAAGGUGAAAGUUAAUGUAACCGUAUUCUUGUAAAGCGUUCAAUUAGUUUUCACAUAUUUAAACAAGUGGUGUAUAUGUCUAAAAUGAUUAUAUUUGGAUUUAUUAUUCCGUUACUUUUGCAAAAUGCUGAUGCCCUCAAAGGGAAUUGUAACAAGGAUGAGGAUCUGCUCCAGCGAUGUUCAAUGGCGCUGCCGGUGCUCAGUUCUCCGGAAAUAUCAUUUGCAUUGACUCGAGAGGAGCUGGAUAAAAGUUGUGUUGAGUUGAGAGCCGGCAUAAAAUGCAUCGAUAAUUACACAGAGGUUUGCAUGAAGAAGAGCGAACAGGUGAUGUUUAGAAGUAUAUAUGCUGGAAUUAUUGAUGUCAUCCAAGAACUGUGCUCCCGUGGAAAGUAUCAGGACGAGUACCUCCGUCACGCGGACUGCGUUAAGAAAGUGCGUUCCGAAUAUGAAGUUUGCAGCAAGAAGUAUGAGGUUACAUUGACCACGGUGAGCAACUAUGAGAAGAAAGAUCAGUACCACACAGAUCAGACGGGUGUCGCCAGUAGCCAUGAGGAUUAUUUGAGGACUGUUUGUUGUUCAUUCCAAGAGUAUCUGAUGUGUUCAGAGCGGACGGUUCAGAGGUCGUGUGGAGAUGAAGCCGCCCUGUUCACCAGCGCAUUCCUUAAACGGAUGGCGUCCAAAAUAAUCAAGAACUUCUGUCUUGAAUAUCGGGGUCAAGAAUGUGGUCUGUCCGAUGCAGCGACGGCGGUGGAUCAAAGCUUACUAUUAUUUACUUUUAGUGUCAUAGCAGUUCUAACGCCGCACAUAAAAAGCCUGCUAACAUAACUAUUUGAUGUAAGAAAUCUAAUUUGUUAUUAGGACUUAGGAAGAAGCGGGUCGGUAAUUAAUUUGAAAGAAGUUUGUUGUGAGUUACCCGAUGCAGCGUUCAGUGAGUUGUACAUUAUUAAUGCGGGUAGAUUGUUUUACGGCACUCGGUCAUGUGGAACUAAAGUUUAUGCCUAAAUAGUUUUGUUUAAUUAUACAACUAAUUUGAUAUUUUCUGGUUCGAAUAAUUAGCUUCUAUAAAAAUUAUUCGACUUAAUACAAGUUACUUGUUACCUUAUAUUUUGUCCAUUAUAAUUAAUUGUAAAUAUGUUAUCUUGUAGUUUCGUAUUCUAAUAUAUUUCGAGUAAAACUGACCUUCUAAAUUAGUUUAUCAUAUUAUUUACAUAUUCGUUUUCCUAAUUGUUUAUUUGAUUAAUUUAUUCUGUGUAUUCAUUAUUAGAUUCAUUUUGUUUAUCCGUCUUGAAUGUCAAGUACAUAAUCAAUAUUACAUAUUGCGAUACAUUAAAAUUAAAUUCAUUAAAUUUUAUUUAAAAUAUGUAUUUUUAAAAAUGUUUUUAUGAACAAUAUUAAUUUAAAUGUUAUAAUCCUUUAUAUCUAUCAUGAAAAUAGUAACGUAAUCUACAUUGGCGAUUUUUUGAAAAUAGAACGCGCGACGUUCGAUAUUUAACAUAAAAUUUUUGUUUCUUUAGUUCUUAAUUUAUAUAUCUGCUCAUAUAAAUGCUUCUGAGUAAUUAAAAUAUAUUUAAAUGUACAUUUUAUAGGAGCUCAGAACAUCCUGUGAUAGAUAGCUUGUAUGAAUGUUUUUAAAUCGAUAAAUUUGUUUUAUUAUUAUUUUAAAUAAAAAUUAUUUUUUAGCGCCUUUAGAAUGUGAAUAAUUAGUUGCUAGGUGAUUGAACUGAGUAUAUACUCUAGGAGAAUUUGUUAGUAUUGUGUAGUUGCUUAUUAAGUUGCUCAUUUGUUGGUUUUAAGACUGUUUGAUUGAUUCCUGAAACAAAAUUUACGCAUCCAAAUCAAUCAAUAAGAGUUGACAUAACGUACUUAACCUGUGUUUUAAAAAACCUGUAAUGAAACAUCGUUACUAUAUUUUAAAUCACGUUCUGGUUGACUUACAAACUCAUAAUGCAAUAGAAAAUUUAAACUCAUUAAACUGAUAGGCACCAUAUUUAAUAUACGUGUUUAUUUUUGUUAUGUGAUAUAAAUUAUUUUGUCCUCUUCAAUUAUACCGAGUUAAAGAUCUGUAAUAUUAAUUAUAAAUAAUUACUAAUCUAUAUAAGACAUGUACCUACCUAUGUUUCUAUUAAACAUACGAUUUAGUAAUUUUCAAAUAAUUCUAUUCAGUGAUGUAGAAAUAAUUGCUGAAAAAUUGUAUUAUUGAAAAUAAAAUGCUUCAUGAAAUUGAAAAAUAUACAGAAAUUUUAAAAUUAAUUCGAUUAUUUAUUAAUAUGUUUGUUACCUACAUCGAUAUAUUUUUUUAAAUUACUACAUGAUUUGCCAUAUUUUCUAUUGUUUUUAAACUAGCAUCAAUAUUUGUUCCCAUCCCUCUCGCUAUAGAUAAUUAAUAAUUAAUAAUUACGUAAAAUGUAUUCUCCACACUAAUCACAAUGGUAACAAUAUUCCAGUACUAAAUUCUAUGUAAUAGAUUUCAUUAUUAAUAUAGUGAUAAGUUAUUGUACAUACAUGUACUUAGUUAUUGUGUUACGUAAAUUAGAAAAUCUAUAUCCACAUAAUAAACAUGAUUAUUUAUAUUAUAAAAGAGAUUAUUUAAUAAAACUUACUCGUUAUUACGAGAAAUGUA